AUGAUGGCACCACAAAUCGACUUUUCUAAGAAAACUGUGAUCGUCACUGGUGGUGGUGGUGGUUUAGGUAAAUGCUAUGCUCUCUUCUUCGCGUCUCGUGGGGCGAAUGUGGUGGUCAAUGAUAUGGGAAAACAGGCGGCAGAUCAAGUGGUAUCAGAAAUCAAAUCGAACGGUAAAGGUCAAGCGAUCGCCAAUUACGAUAAUGUUAUCGAAGGGCACAAGAUUGUCAAACAAGCCGUUGAUGUAUUCGGCUCAAUUCAUAUCCUCAUCAAUAAUGCGGGCGUCUUGCGUGAUAAGUCUUUUAAGUCCAUGUCCGAUCAAGACUGGGAUACAGUUCAAGCGGUUCACGUUCAAGGUCCUUAUGCUUGUACCAAGGCGGCUUGGCCUAUCUUCCGCGAGCAGAAAUACGGGAGAAUCAUUAAUACGACCUCUGCGGCUGGUAUAUACGGAAACUUUGGACAAGCCAACUACUCAGCUGCCAAGUUGUCGCAAGUAGCUUUUGCCAAAACGCUGGCUCGAGAGGGUGCCAAGUACAACAUCAUCGCCAAUGCUAUUGCUCCGGUAGCUGCUUCUCAAAUGACGGCAACCAUUAUGCCACCAGAGAUGCUGAAGGAAUUAAGUCCCGAGUCUAUUGUUCCCCUUGUCGCAUUCCUAGCCUCUGAUCAGACCAAAGAGAGCGGUCAAGUUUUUGAGGCUGGAGCUGGAUGGUACGGCAAGCUACGCUGGGAAAGAACUCGAGGUGCAGUCUUCAAAGCGGAUGAUACUUUCACUCCUUCCGCAAUCAUGGCUCGGUUUGACGAGAUCAACAAUUUUGAUCAGGCCGAGUAUCCGGAAAACAUCACAGACGCCCAUUUUCUAGACUAUUUGGAGCAAGGGAAACAACUUUCUACUAAUCCACAGUCCUCAAAGCCACUCACUUACAGCGGAAAAACUGUGAUAGUCACUGGCGCUGGCAAUGGGCUAGGAAGAGCCUAUGCUUUGAUGUAUGCCAAGCUUGGUGCGAACGUCUUGGUGAACGAUAUGAACUCGGAAGCUGCGAGCAAAGUGGUGGAUGAGAUUAAGCGUCUUGGUGCCAAGGCAGUUGCCAAUACUUCAUCCGUCGAGGAUGGACAGAAGGUCGUGAAAGCUGCUUUAGACAACUUCGGAAGCCUACAUGUUAUCGUCAACAACGCUGGUAUACUCCGCGACAAGAGCUUCAUCUCUAUGACCGACGCUGAAUGGGAUAUUAUUCAAAAGGUUCAUCUUAGGGGAACUUAUAGCGUUUGUCAUGCUGCGUGGCCGAUUUUCAUAAAACAAAAGUUCGGUAGGAUACUCAACACUACUAGUGCUGUAGGUCUGUAUGGAAACUUUGGUCAGGCCAACUAUAGUACGGCAAAGGCAGGCAUCUUGGGCUUAACGAAGACCCUGGCAAUUGAAGGGAAAAAGUAUAACAUUUUCUGCAAUACGAUUGCCCCAAACGCCGGAACUUCGAUGACAGCUACCGUGUGGCCCGAGGAGCGAGUUCAAGCGUUUAAGCCCGACUUUGUGGCUCCGCUGGUCGGCUAUCUGACCAGUGAAGCAAAUGAACAAACUAGUGGUCAGCUGUACGAAGUUAGCGGUGGUUGGUGUGCAGCUGUCAGGUGGCAAAGAUCAUAUGGGCUUUCAUUGCCUUCUGGUCAAGUCUCGCCAGAAAAUCUAGCCGCACAAUGGCAGCAAGUUGUCAAAUUCGAUGAAAAGGCAACUUAUCCAACAUCCACUACCGAAUCGUUGGAACAGAUUAUCGCUAACUUUGGAUCUCAAGCCGAAGAAGGUUCGAGUUCAGUACCUAGUAUAGAUGAUGCGUUCAAGAACCAAGAUUUCUUAGAUCCUGAAGACUCUCAAUUGGUGAAGGAGGCCAAGAAAUAUAGGGCAGAGCCUGAUGAAUACACCUUUAAUGAGCGGGAUUGCAUUCUAUACAACAUGGGGAUCGGAGUGAAUGAAAAACAACUUCAAUAUGUCUUUGAGGGUCACCCUGACUUUCAAGUGCUUCCGACCUUUGGCGUUGUCCCGCAGUUCAAUUCAUCAAGUGGAUUACCACUGGACUGGCUACCAAAUUUCAAUCCAAAGAUGCUUUUACAUGGUGAACAAUACUUGUCAAUCAAAACACCGAGUAUUCCUACCAGUGGUACAUUUGUAAAUUUUUCUCGUCUGUUGGAGGCUUCGGACAAGGGUAAAGCGGCAUCGUUAGUGAGCGUUAGUAAUACAUACGAUAAAGAGACAGGAAAACUACUUUUUGAAACCCAAAGUACAGUGUUUAUCCGAGGCGCAGGUGGUUUCGGCGGUAGGAAACAAGCCAAAGACCGAGGAGUAGCAACAGCCUUAAACAAACCACCGAAUCGAGAACCUGAUAGGAUUACAACUGAAAUGACUGAUGAAAAGGCUGCUGCGAUCUAUCGAUUGAGCGGUGAUUACAAUCCACUUCAUAUUGAUCCAGCCUUUGCAGCAGUAGGAGGAUUUAAAAAACCGAUUUUACAUGGGCUUUGUUUUUUUGGAAUGUGUGGAAAACAUGUGGUUGAGGCUUUUGGUCAGAUUGAUUCCAUUAAAGCUAGGUUCGUUGGAUCUAUGUAUCCUGGUGAAACUUUAGUGACUAUGAUGUGGAAAGAGGGUAAUAAGGUAGUUUUUAUUGGAAAAUGUAAAGAAAGAGAUGUGGUAGUAUUAGGAAAUGCAGCAGCUACUCUGGUUUAA